CUAGCAUUAGGAGGGACAGCUGGCGAUGAUCCCUCAAUGGAAAGGAGGUCUCUUUCUCGGAGCAUUAAAUAAAAAGAAAAGAAAUCUUCUUGAAAAACCAGAUACUCAUGACCCUCUCUCUCGGCUGAAACAAAAAGAAAGAAGGAAAAACUUUCAUUGUUCCUCUUCAUCCUCUUCCACACGCACCGCCGACAAACUCUCAACACCACCACCCGUCGCUCACGUUACAAACUCCACCCUCCGACGACGCCCUUUUCUCGUCGUCACCGAUACACACCGCCAUUUUCGUGAACAACCAUGCACUUUCUCCGUCGAUAUUCCCUCCACCGCUAGACACAACGGUGCACCACGACGUUUAACCUUACAUUCAUUUCCGUACAUCGGCCAUAUCUUCGCAACCCAGAAACUCAUCCAAGCAAAACUCAAACCAUGCAAUAGCAACUCAACGGUGUGAUACGACAUCGAACAACAACAGAGCCUCUUGCUUCAACUUUGUUUUAGAUGAUUUCGAGUUAACAAGGCGUUUUUCGAUUGGAUUGCUGUUGGUUUUGAUUUUUUUAUGCAGGUACUGGUUCGGUUAGGAUUCAAAAUGGAAGGCUAAAAACACCAGAUUCGCUCCACUAACGAUAGAGUUUCGAGAGGUAGCAGACACAUUUCCGAAGGCGAUGUAUUCACUAUCGGCGAUCGUGUUCUGGUGUGUUUUGUGAUUUAGAGUGAAAAUCAAGUGAAAAGAAAUAGAGUCCGCAUAUCCCAAAUCGAAAGCAUGGCAACCAACUACUCGUAAUGAUCUUCUUGGAGCUGUUAAACUGCACCGUUCAGCAGAGUCAGAGAAAGGGGGAGAAACGCUGAAGAGAAAGAGAAGGAAGAGGAAAAGGCCAAAGAGUGCUCAGAGCUUCCUUCAAUCCAAAGAGAUAAAGAGGAGUAGCUAUUGUUGAGGUUUGAAGAAUAAGUGUAGAGUUAUUCUACAGAGUCGAGUCAAAUGCUCUGGUCAUGUGACACCGGGGUUAUGGGAUUCGAUAGUUAUUAUUUACGUUGUUUAUGAUGACUAAUAUGUUGAGAUGUUUUGUUGAAAUAAUGUUGAACAUUAUUAUGAAUUGUUAUAUGAUGAAUGAUAAUAUUUGUGUUGUUGUCCGCUGCGAAGUUUUAAUUUUAAUAAAUAAUAUGUUUUAUGUUGUGAUGCGAUAAUUGUUAUGUUGUAAGAAAUGUAAACUCUUCUACAUGUUGUACUCUGAUAAUCUAUUUAAAUAUGUCGUUUGGGUAGAAGGGUGUUACAUUAGUGGUAUCAGAGCAUAGUCAGUCCAGUCGAGUCAUAACGUGAUGUUUUCCCUGUUGGUCGAUUAGUGUAAAUGACACUGUCGAUAUUUAACGGUGGUGGCUGUGUUGUGCAGAGUAUGGCUGGAGAAAAUGACCGUGCGAUUGCUGAGGCUUUGGCUGCUAUGGCGCAGGCUAUGCAGGCGCAGCAGAAUCCGCCGGUCGACGAGUUUAGGAAUUUGGGAAGGUUUCUGAAGAAUAACCCUCCUACAUUCAAAGGGCGCUAUGAUCCAGAUGGUGCUCAGAUUUGGCUGAGGGAAAUUGAGAAGAUUUUCCGGGUGAUGACGUGUACUGAAGCACAGAAGGUGCAGUUUGGUACGCAUAUGUUAUCUGAAGAGGCUGAAAACUGGUGGGAUAACACUCGCCAGAGAAUUGAAGUACCAGGUGCUGAGAUGACUUGGGAAAGGUUCAAGACGGUCUUUCUGGAGAAAUAUUUUCCUGCUGAUGUGCGAUGUAAGAAGGAGAUGGAAUUUCUAGAACUGAAGCAGGGUAACAUGUCUGUUGCUGAUUACGCUUCGAAGUUUGAGGAGCUGGUGCAGUAUUGUCCUCAUUAUAAUGAUGCUGAUGCUGAGGAAUCCAAGUGUGUCAAGUUUGAGAACGGGUUACGUCCCGAGAUCAAACAAGGCAUUGGUUACCAGGAGAUUCGUAGGUUUCCUACACUGGUUAAUAAGUGCAGGAUAUUUGACGAAGAUAGCAAGGCUAGGACUGCUCACUACAAGAGUCUUAGUGAGAAGAAGAAUAAGGAUCGUGGUAGUCCUUAUGCAUCUCCGAAUGGUAAAGGUAAGCAGAAAGUGGUAGAUGCGAAGAAGCCAAGUGGGGGAGGAUCUCCCAUAGCUGGUAAAUGUUUCAAGUGUGGCGAGCCAGGCCACCGUGCUGAUAGCUGUACCAAGAAAGUGCUGAGAUGUUUCCGAUGCGGUCAGGCUGGUCAUAGAGUUACUGAAUGUAAGGAUGCUGGUCCGACAUGUUUUAAUUGUGGCGAGAAAGGCCAUAUCAGUUCGCAGUGCUCGAAACCGAAGAAGGCGGCUACUGCAGCUCAUACUACUGGUAGGGUGUUUGCUCUGAGUGGGACUGAAGCUCCUAAAGAAGAUAAUCUGAUUAAAGGUACUUGCUUGAUUAAUAAUGUUGAAUUGCUUGCUAUUGUUGACACUGGUGCUACCCAUUCGUUUAUUUCGUAUGAGUGUGCGACCAGGAUUGGUGUGAUUAUGUCGUCCCUAGGCGGAAGUAUGGUGAUAGAUACUCCUGCUAAUGGUUCUGUGAAGACUUCUGUUGUCUGUCGAGGUUGUCAUUUGACGAUCUUUGAGAGAGAGUUCGUGGUUGAUUUGGUGUGCUUACCCUUGCACCAAAUUGAUAUUAUUCUGGGAAUGAAUUGGCUAGAAUUCUAUGGCGUGUUUAUCAACUGCUAUAGGAAGACGGUGCGGUUUUCUGAAGUUGGUGAGAAUGAUGAGGCAAGAUUUCUAUCUGCUAGGCAGGUGGGGGAUUUUGUGAAAGAUGAAGCUCAGAUAUUCGCUUUAUUUGCGUCUCUGCAAGCGGAUAAGAAAGUGGUGAGUGUAGAUUUGCCUGUUGUCUGUGAAUUUCAGGAUGUGUUUCCGGAGGAUGUAAGUGAUUUACCUCCAGAACGUGAAGUCGAAUUUGCCAUUGACUUAGUACCAGGUACGGGUCCAGUGUCGAUGUCCCCUUAUAGAAUGUCGGCAACUGAAUUAGUUGAAUUGAAGAAGCAACUUGAAGAAUUGCUUGAGAAGAAGUUUGUGCGUCCAAGUGUUUCUCCUUGGGGUGCACCAGUAUUGUUAGUGAAGAAGAAAGAAGGUUCGAUGAGGUUGUGUGUCGAUUAUCGGCAGUUGAAUAAGGUGACUAUCAAGAAUCGGUAUCCAUUGCCGAGGAUUGAUGAUUUGAUGGACCAGUUGGUUGGAGCUCAUGUUUUCAGUAAGAUUGAUUUGCGGUCGGGUUAUCAUCAGAUCCGAGUGAAGUCAGAUGAUAUUGCGAAGACUGCUUUCCGUACGAGGUAUGGUCAUUAUGAAUACACUGUGAUGCCGUUCGGUGUGUCUAAUGCUCCAGGUGUGUUUAUGGAAUAUAUGAAUCGUAUAUUUCAUCCGUACCUUGAUAAUUUUGUUGUGGUGUUCAUAGAUGAUAUAUUGAUAUAUUCUAAGACGGAAGAAGAGCAUGCAGGACAUCUGAGAAUUGUUUUGCAGGUGUUAAGAGAAAAGAAAUUAUAUGCAAAGUUAUCUAAAUGUGAGUUCUGGUUGAAGGAAGUGAGUUUCCUUGGCCAUGUGAUUUCGAGUGGUGGGAUUUCUGUUGAUCCUGCUAAGGUUGUUGCUGUAUUACAGUGGGAGACUCCGAAGUCUGCUACUGAGAUACGCAGUUUUCUGGGGUUAGCUGGUUAUUAUCGCAGAUUUGUUGAGGGCUUCUCUAAGUUGGCAUUGCCGUUGACGCAGUUGACUAAGAAGGUCAAGUGUAUGUGUGGGAUGCAGCUUGUGAAGCGAGUUUUGUUGAGUUGAAGAGGCGGUUGACCAG